AUGACAAACCGAGGUAGAUUUCUGAAUAGUCGACGAGCAAACAAGAAUUUUAAUCGCAAUAAAAAGAAAACACCGCUUGAAGAUGACAGCAUGUCGAUUAUUUGUUUCAAAGAUUCAGAUACUGGUCAUGUUGGUACUGUUCGCAUUCGUCAACAAAUCUUCUGUACCCUAUGUAAUUUAAUCCGUGGAACAUUGUCUCUUUAUUUCAAACAUGUUAUGGAUGAUCAGCAUCACGAACAUGUGAAGAAAUUAUGUGAUGAGAACUGUUUCAUGCCGACCGUUUAUGAUCAAGCUGUCCAUUUAGGAUUUUAUAAUAAUAUUUGUUAUCAAACUGAUAAGUUUCAUUUCCGUUACAAAUACGCCGCUGAAGAGCCUGAUACAAUAGUGCCAGAAGUCAAGACUUCAGUCAAUGAUAAUGCAUCUGAGGCGAACAAAAUGGAAACCAAUUCAACGCAACCGAAAAUAGCUCUAUCAAAUACGACAAAGCAACGAAGUAUUCAAGUCACCCUUGUCUUUCAAGAUAAAACUUACUCCCGCACCGGUACAGUUCUUGCACAAAUUCGCGAACAACUUCUCAAAGAUAUGCUCGUUGAUCGUGCUGAUGAUAUCGCGGCAAUCCCAAUUCAAUUCUACUAUUCCAAGAAAAAAUCUACGUCCGAUUAUAUUUAUGACAAUAUUCCAAAUAGUUCUGUUACUUCACCUCCGGCCGAAGAACAGUCACAGGUCAUACGUCAGCAGCAGCAAGAACCGCUGAGUGACGAUCAAAUGUCUUCUGCUGAAUGCAGCAGAAAAGACAACGGUGUGACACCGACUAUUGCUAUGACCACACAUGAGAUAUCGACGGCAGAAAAAACUCAUUCGAAUGAACAGCCGUCAUGUGACGAUGACGUGAUGAAUGUCUGCAAGGAUGUGUUAAAUAAUAUUCUCGCUGACGCGUAUUCGAAAACGGAUGAAUACAAACGUGAACGAGAACUUCUAUUUGGAAUCGCACGACGAAGAUACAAGAAAAGAAAAGCAUUCUUUUGUGAUAUAUGUUCAACCUUCUUAAUAACCGAAGACUUGUGUACUGCACAUCAAAAUAGUGAGAAACAUUUGGAAAAAGUUUGUCAUUAUAAAACCGAACUUUUGCCAUGGCGUCGCGCUAUGCAAGAAUCUUUGAUCACCGGUAAACCGAUGAAAGAUAUUAUAGGUGCUACUGCGUAUGCAGAUUACAGAGCGACAAUGGCGUAUUAUCUUGCACCGAAUAGCAUACAUAAUCAUGGCCGUUUUUGUUGUGCAUAUUGCGAGUUGACUUUCUUCGAUCAAUGGCUCUUAGAACAGCAUUUAAAUUCAAGUGAGCAUAAGAAGAAAAAAACAUCAACGAAGCAUAGAGAACUUGUUCCCCAUUUUGCGGAUAUGACUAUCUUACCGAAUGUAUAUCGAUUGAAUGGUGUGAAGGACCUUGCUGAGGUUCCGGCCAAUAUUAAGAAGGAAGAAUCAUGGUCCAGUGCGACAUUGAAGCAACUUGAUGACGAUACUAAUUCGUUUCUUCAACAGUUUCCCUUUGGUGAAUUUGAAGGGGUAACACGUAUUACAAAUGGUAAAACACCGCGAAAUCAAGGACCACCAGCUAUUCAGACACCACCAACGCAAAAAGCAUGGAAAAAGGAGAAAGUUCCGGCAAAAUACAUCCCGAACAAACGUGGAGGAUUGAAUCGAGGAAAUCUGGGACAACCUCAACCGACAGUGUCCCAUGGAGGAAAAGCCGCAAAACGAUCGUUUCCUGGCACGCCUGUAUUUAAUAAGCGAUUUCGGCAAGAUAUGAAUAAUUCCUUUCCAGGAGCAAACCGUGGCCCAGGACUGCUGAGAAAUUACGAACCGAGUUCAUAUAACUAUGGCCAAACAGGACCUACUAAUAAUGGAAAUAAUCGUUGGCCACCUGCAUACCCUAAUAAUCAACAACAAAAACAACAACCACAACCACUACCACCACCACCACAACAACAACGGCAAGAAUACUACCAACAACGAAAUUUCGACACACGAUCGUACCCGACGAAUAGCAACACUAAUAAUAACAACGCAUUUUAUGACAAUCAUAAUCCGCUGAUGAUGUCCAAUACUAAUAAUUAUGACAAUGAACGUCAGUUAAGAUUCAAUAACGGUGCUGACCCAGGAUACCCUAAUCAGCAGUCGAGUUAUAAUAGUUCAUUCAAUCGUCCAUCGACAAAUUUCGUAAACGAUUAUCCUACUGAACCGAUUCCAUCGAAUCGUCUUCAUCAUCGAGAAAACACUGGUCCAAACAAUAGAUUCGGACAUGCUAACAUGAAUAAUCAUCAACGUUCUCAACAACUACAACAGGAAACAGCAAGACCUUCGUUAACGCAAGUUCAAUAUCCAAAUUCCAAUUCUUUCCACGGUUUUGGUACGCAUAAUAGUAAUACGAUGAAUUCAUCGUUUUUCCCCUCUCCAAAUAAUCAUCAACAGAAUUCGAUGGCAAUAGAUGGCCAAUCAAUAAAUUCAUAUGCUGAUUAUCGAGCGUCAUCUGCUCUUCUUCCAGCAAAUAAUCCUUCUACUGCAUAUCCACCAGUUCGUAGCUUAUCCAAUUCAACUGGACCCCAAAAUCAAAUGUUUACUGAUUUUCCUCGAUCAAACAUAGAAGGAUCGAACUUCAAUACUUCAGGACAUCAAAGUCUUAUGCCACCAUCGUAUCAGACACCAUGGCGUGAUUCAUCGAAUGGCAUGAAUGCUGCUCAUGGCCGGGGUAAUACUUUUCGCCAUGCGAAUAAGCAGUCAAAUUCCACCUUUUCACAUUCCAACAAUAACAACAAUCGUAUGAAUUCAUCGGUAAGAGGACGGGGUUCUGGUCAAAACACUCGAUUUUUCGGUGGUCGACGAUAA